CUCCUAUGUUUGCGUUCGAUGGCUUCAAGAACGCGAUGCGUAGUUUUCAUGUAGGGAUUUUGUAAGCUUUCAUGGAAGACCGCCGAUCCUUUUUUCCCAAGGUAUGCAAUAUUAUACUUGAUGCAGCACACAACAAUGAAAUCCAUAAAUAACUGUUCCUUCAACUCGCCGCUCCUCUUCGAUACAUAAAUCUAAGGAGAGUAAGAAGAACUUUGAUGCAAUUAGCACAUAGAUAUAAAUCCACAACCGCCACGGACGUGACAUAUCUUGGACACUUUAUCUUUACUCCUCAAAUAAGUACCAUCAUAUUCACCACUUUUCAAUUCUCUUCGACCUUCAUUAUCAAUAUUACUACGUGCUUUUACGAUCGCUCCAUUGUUUCUCGCUACUGAAAACAAACCAAUGCGCCGCUCCAUUCUGUUUACUAUUCUCCUUUCAAUGGUCAUCCUUGGUUGUGAUUUUUUUUCGACGGUUGCCCACGCUCAUCUCAUCACAAAGAACGCUAUACAGCAAAGAGACUUCUACAGGAGACCGAUGGAUCUUGCCGGAAAUUGUAGUGACAAUCAGAAGAGCCUGGGGUGUACUGACAUUACGAAACUUAAUGAGCAUCAGGUACCGGUUGCCGCUUGCCGUUGCUCAUUCGAUUAGCUUAUUUAUAUAAAGCAGAAUCGUCUAUGAUACCCACCUACACGCACAUAUUAGUAACAUUGUAUUUAAUAUAAAAGCUGCUCUUUAUUACGUUCUAGUAUGUGAUAUCCUAUUCUGUUAUAACAAACAGUUUCGUCCCUUCGAGUCGGCUGUUAGACGCAUCCUAACAACAGAGAUUAUUAAGCUCUAAUCGUUAUAUUUUGCUGUUGGUGUUGCCAUAUUAACGAUUUCAAUAGAAGAGUGCCAUUAUAAGACAACUC